CUGUAUUUGCGCGCAGCACCUCCAUCUGUGACAGGCUGCGUCCCGAAGGCCCUGGCGGACAAGAAAAAAAAAAAACAAAAAACAAAAAAACAAAAAAGAAAGAGACAAAGAAAAGAAACGGGCCUCCAGAAGAAGAAACUAUGGAUGACUAAUAAGCACAAAGAAAAAUUGACUUCAAACUUCGCAGGAAUAGAGGUCGCAUGACUUUUUUUUAAAAUAUUUUUUACGCAUUUCUAAUUUUUUUUCUUGGCAAAACAGGAAACUAUCUGUCUGGAUUUUUCCCAGAACAACUUUGCCGAGGAUUUUAUAUCUAUCUUCUAUAUUAAAAAACGAAAAGAAAAGAAUAUCCGGUCAGAGACCAACACUUCUUCUCUGAAGACCUGUGUUGGGGAUGUUGAGCUCUGUGAAGAUGGAAGCCCAUGAUUUACCAGAGUGGAAUACUUUCUACAGUGAAGCCAGCGAGAUGUAUCCCUCUCCCAGUACCAUGAACUCCAUGGGCAGCUACAUCAACCUGAACCCAGCCACCGCCUCCCCAGCAGGUAUGAACAUGGCGUACCCCAGCUCCAGCCUCAGCAGUUCAAUGAGCUCUGGGCCGAGUCACAUGUCCCUCUCCCCAGUGGCCUCUUCUCUCAGCUCAGGCUCUCUAACUCAGUUGGGCCCUGCUGCUCCAGGCUCCCUAGGGUCUUUGUCCCACUACCAGAAUAUGGGCCAGUCCAUGACUCAGCUGGGUUACCCCUCUACAGGGACCCUGAACCGGGCAGGACCCAAAGAGAUUCCCCCCAAGCCCUACCGGCGCUCCCUGACCCAUGCCAAGCCACCAUACUCCUACAUCUCCCUCAUCACCAUGGCAAUACAGCAGAGCGGCAGCAAGAUGCUCACCCUGAACGAGAUCUACCAGUGGAUCAUGGACCUGUUCCCCUACUACCGUGAGAACCAGCAGCGCUGGCAGAACUCCAUCCGCCAUUCGCUCUCCUUCAAUGACUGCUUUGUGAAGGUGGCCCGCUCGCCCGACAAGCCGGGCAAAGGCUCCUACUGGACUCUGCAUCCGCAGUCGGGCAACAUGUUUGAGAAUGGAUGCUACCUGAGGCGCCAGAAACGCUUCAAGAUUGAGGACAAGACAGCAAAGAAAGGAGGCAAGAGCCAGGAGGGGGGCUCUGGGAAAGGAAGCCAGAGUGGAGACCACCUGAUGGAGGAUCACAGCCCUACAGGUGGAUCAGAGGGAGCUGACUCCACCCACUCGGAUAACUCCCACCCGGGCUCUUCAGAUGACCAGUCCCAUCAGCGAAACGCCCUGGUUUCAUUAGACUGCCCUCAGAUGUCCUCCACACACCUCCACAGCCCACCUGUUUCCCUGCCCUCCUCCUCCUCCACUUCUUCCUCCAUCCCUCCAUCCUCCUUGUCGCUCUCUGGCACCUCCUCCUCCAACGUGCUCCUCCACUCCCAGUCUUUAGUCGGCAGCCCCCACCUUCUACCCAGUGCCAUGCAGCAGCACAUGGACCUACAGAGUGAUGCCCUCAAGUCCCUGGACCCCCACUACAACUUCAACCACCCCUUCUCCAUCACCAACCUCAUGUCCAAUGAGCAGAAGAUGGACCUCAAGUCCUACCAGGACCAGGUGAUGGCCUACAACAGUUACACCAGUGGCUCCCCCAUUGGAGCCAAGCAGAUCUACGACAGCCCGGGCCCCGCCACCAUGGACUCAGGCGCUUACUACCAAACUCUGUACAGCCGCUCGGUGCUCAACGCAUCCUAAUAUGGACUCUUGUCUGUAGAGGUGAACAAGAUGGAGACUUCUGUUUCUCUUUUCUAAAAUGGACACCAAAGCUGGGGUUAUCUUCCUCUUCCUUUUUCUCUCACAGCCUGGCCUUCACAGGACUCUCAAAUGAGAUGGCGACACGUUUGAGCGACCAAUAAAACUUUUUUUCCUUUUCCUUUCACCGACUCUUAUCAAAGACGGAGAGCAGUUGGUUACACGGAGCUGGACAAAGAGGAGGACAUUUUAUUCGUCUGUGUGUGAGUCAGUCAGGCCUCGUUUAGCCUGUCGCAGGGGCACCGUGCGAUGCAAAAAUUGACUUUGUACAAAAUGUAAAUAGAGGUAAUGUGCACGGGAGGAGGAUGUUUGCAUUUAUUUAUGAAGGGAAUAAAUUUUAAUAUAUCUUAUGAAGCGCUCUGUCGACCAGUUACAGCUCAAAUGUGAGGGUUAUUUUUGUUUUUCUGUCAUCCAAAGAUGGAGAGAAGACGAGUUUCAGGUUACUGCUUCAGGCAGGUGUUACUGCAGCGGGAGACAGUCGAGCUCAUAUUAUGUGUUACAGCAUUUAUCAAAAAAAUAAAUAAAUAUCCAUCUUUUUCUUUUUCUUUCUUUUUUUUUGUCACAUUGUUCAAUGUAAACGCAGCUCAGAAAGUGUACCAAAGGGGGAAAAAGGCUAAUCUUUUUGGGAUGAUAUGAAGACAAAAAACCAAAGCAACUGUGGUAAAAAAAAAAAAAAAAAAAAAAAAAAGGAAAAAAGUUUUGAUGUGCUUCUGUUUUUCAUUGCUCAAACCAUUAAAAGUGUGUCUUUCUGCAGACAUGUUGAAGAGGAGUUCAGUCAGUUACUAAACAGUGGGAGGGAGGAGAGAUGCACUAUUUGAGGAUUUACAUACAGUACUUUGCACUAUGGAGCUCCCACAAGCCAGGUGGGCUGAUAGUGUGUGUGUUAGUGUGUGUGUGUGUGUGUGUGUUACAACAAUGCUUAGGAAGGCCCUCCUCACACUGUCAAUGCAUCAGCUCAAUGAGAUCAGUGUAACAAUGUCAAAGGGUGUCAAAUAACCCUCCAUGCCCAUGAAAAACAAAGAAAAAAAAAAGAAAAAGAAAAAAGUGCCUUUUCUUCAAAUGACUGCUGAUCUGAUCAGAGAUCAAUAUAUCGACAAUCUGUUGAAGGAUAAUUCUGAUAAACAGCAGAAGCUUCAGGUCACAUGAUAUCCUUUGUGCAACAUUUUUCAGUUUCAAAGAGAAAUGUCUUUUAUUUAAGCUAUGUUGCUUUUCAAACUCUGAAAGUGUGCUGAUAUAAUAUAUUGUUUUGGGGUUUUUGUUGUUGUCAUCUCUUGUUGGUUUUAAAUGUAAUUAAAAUGAUUCAUGUUUCAUUUUUUUCUUAUUAAAAGGCAAAAAUGUGGGGAAGAAAUGGUGCAUUUGUUUUUUUUUUUUUUUUAUCUUUCCAGAAAUGUUCGUGCAUGUCUGUUGUAACAUUUACCUGCAAGUUUAAAAAUAUUAAAAUGAGUCAAAUCUG